CAUGUACGUAGUUCAAAUUACAAAGGACAAAAAAAAUACACACAACUCAAACCAAAUAACAUGCACAAAUGUUCAACAAGGUAGAGAGAGAAAUGAAGCCAUCUACUGAUUUUACCUGAUAAGAAGGGUCAAAAUAUUGCGUUGAUGAGUUUGUUGGAAGAAGGAGUCUUCUUGAGUCAUUCUUUUUCGGAAGAAAAUCCGGUGGUUUGCAACAAAGUUAUGAUAGAGAGUAAUCAGAAUUACUAUGGCAAUGAGUGUUGGUUUUAUUUCUUAUUUUCCUAAACAAAUAUGCCCUAGACCUCCUUAUGUUUUUAUCUUUCGGUGUUAUAAAUAGGAGUAGUUCCUAAUUAUUGUAGUCAGUAGUCACCUUUAAUUUUUGUAGGUUUUACUGCAACAAACAAAAAAAAAAACCUAUUGGACUUAAGUUACCACCGGCCUUUUGUUUCCCUCUCCGCCGCUUAUUUCUCCACCAUUCGUCUCGUCGUUUGUGUUAGAUCAGACCGAUCAUGGCUUCAGAUUCCAUACCGACUGAACUCAUCCUCGAGAUAUUGUCGAGAUUGCCUGCAAAGUCAAUUGCGAGGUUUCAUUGUGUGUCGAAGCUAUGGGCACCAAUGCUUAGUCGUCCAUAUUUCAAAGAGUUGUUAUUGACAAAGUCCUCAGCUCAGGCUCAGCCGCAGCCGCGUCUCUUUUUCGCUAUCGAAGGAAAAGAUCAGUGGAGCUUCUUCUCGUUACCUCAGCAUCAGAGUCCAUAUGAGAAGUCAUCAUCGUCUUUUGUAGUAACCCCCAAAUUUCAUAUGAAGUUCCCUCCAAACAAUAUGAGGAUUUAUCCUGGUAAUGACCGACGAUUUUCAUGUGGCUAUGCUUCUGGUUUGAUGUAUUUCUAUGGUAUGUGGAUCAAACAAGAGCAUUACGAUGGAGUUCCUGUGCUAUGUAACCCUAUAACGGGACGGUAUGCGAGCUUACCUUAUCUGUAUAGGUACAGAAGGGCGUAUAGCUUUUUGGGAUUUGAUCCUAUUGACAAGCAAUACAAGGUAUUGUGCAUGGCUUACCCAUGUUGUCCUAAUCACCAUAAAAUUAUGACAUUAGGAACUGGAGAAAUGAGUUGGAGAAGGAUAAAAUGUUCCUUAAGACAUGAGAAUGUGAGUGAAGGGAUAUGCAUCGAUGGGGUUUUGUAUUACUUAGGUGACACGUCUGAGAGGUUGAAUAAAUUUGUGAUAGUUUGCUUUGAUGUUAUGUCUGAGAAAUUCAAGUUUAUUUAUCCGGAAAGCUUUUGUGAAUUGAUAAACUACAAGGGAAAAUUAGGUGUGAUUUAUUAUGAUGAUUAUGAUGAUGACGCUAUUGAGUUGCGUUUGUGGGUUCUAGAGGAUGCGGAGAAACAGGAAUGGUUGGAAUAUGCCUACACUUUGAGGGAUGAUAAAUUCUUAGAUCAUUACGUUUCCGUCGUGGGAGUGACUGCUUCGGGUGAAAUUGUUUUGUCGAUGGGAGAUUUUACAUUUAAACAACCCUUUUAUGUUUUCUACUUCAAUCCCGAAAAGAACACUCUCCAACGUGUUGAAAUCCAAGGUUUUGGAGAAUACCAUGAAGCGGUCAACAAUCCUAGUAGAGUCCACUUCUUUGUAGAUGAUGCUAGUAGUUUCUACCGCUUUGCAGACCAUGUUGAGUAUCUCAAUGUUAACGAUCCAAAGCUACUUAAGUCAAACAUCUAUAUUACUCCAUUUGACGAAGGAUAUGUACAUAUAGAAUAAGAACCAUCAUCAUCAGAAGAAGAAGAGAAUGAGAAGCUCACUAUCAGAAAAAUCAACAGAUUAGUCCAAGCGCGAAAUGGAGGUGGAGCAUUGGGCCAACAUCAACAGAACAAUUCCAUGAUGCAGUUAAAACUUGCAACGGUCAAUAGCAGAGCGUACUCUGUGCGUGAUAAUAAUACGGCUAAGCAACCUCACCAAAUCAAGCUUUCAAAUAAAUUCGGAGCACUCUUGGAUUAUGAACAAUGAGCUAUUAAGACACCUGGCCAUUCUCUAGAUUGUUAUUCUCUUUUUUAUUAAUAUCAAACUAUGUACUCAUUAAUCAAGAAAUAAAGA